GUGUUUAUACAAAGCAAAGCAAAGGAAAAGAAGAGAACAAAAUGACAAACUCUAGCCCAUUGAUUGUGUGUUUUGGAGAGAUGCUCAUUGAUUUUGUGCCGGACGUAGCUGGUGUUUCCUUGGCGGAGUCCGGUGGUUUUAUCAAAGCACCUGGCGGUGCACCCGCCAAUGUUGCUUGUGCCAUAACCAAACUUGGUGGUAACUCCGCCUUCAUUGGCAAGUUCGGAGACGAUGAGUUUGGGCACAUGCUGGUCAAUAUCUUGAAGAAGAAUGGAGUUAACAGCGAAGGCGUGCGUUUCGAUGAGAAUGCUAGAACUGCAUUGGCUUUUGUGACGUUGAAGAAAAAUGGAGAAAGAGAGUUCAUGUUUUAUAGAAACCCUAGUGCUGAUAUGCUCUUGAAAGAAUCUGAAUUGAAUCUUGAUCUUAUUAAGCAAGCCAAGAUCUUCCAUUAUGGAUCUAUUAGUUUGAUAACUGAACCAUGCAGAUCGGCUCACAUGGCAGCCAUGAAAGCCGCCAAAGCCGCUGGAGUUUUGCUUUCUUAUGAUCCUAAUUUAAGGCUCCCUCUGUGGCCUUCUUCUGAUGCCGCUAGAAAAGGCAUCAAAAGCAUAUGGAAAGAAGCUGAUUUUAUUAAGGUGAGUGAUGAGGAGGUGGCAUUCUUGACACAAGGAGAUCCUAGCAAAGAAGAAGUGGCCCUUCAGUUGUGGCAUGAAGGCCUGAAGUUACUAGUAGUGACAGAUGGAGAAAAGGGAUGCAGAUACUUCACCAAGAGUUUCAAAGGAAAGGUGGCUGGUUUUUCUGUUAAGACAGUUGAUACAACUGGAGCUGGUGACUCUUUCGUUGGUUCACUUUUGUGCUCUGUCGCUAAAGAUACUUCAAUUUUUGAUAAUGAAGAGAAAUUGAAGGAGGCAUUGACAUUUGCUAAUGCAUGCGGAGCAAUUUGUACGACUCAGAAAGGAGCAAUUCCAGCCCUGCCAUCCCCUUCUGAUGCCCAAGCACUGAUCAAGUCCAAGUCCAACUAGUCUUUCUUUUCCUUUUUUCUUUUUUCUUUUUUCUUUUUUAAUGUUAAUUCCAAUGUUCAGCAUUUUAUGUUGUUUUAAAUGUUUGUAUUUUAUUUCAUUUCUUAAUUUUUUUUUUUUAUUCGAAUAAAUUGUAUUGCCAUUAGUGAAUUGAAAACAAGCUUUGGCUUUUAGUCUUUGGCUCUUGAAACUAGAGAUAUAAAGAAAAUAAUGA